AACCCUUAACUGAUGUUUCCUUUGUAUUUCUUUCCUCUUCCCUUUCUAGGACUCCAUCUGCAGAUGUUCUGAAUACUUCUGGGUGUAGAAAUUGAUUAUUCAGCCAGGAUACCUAAUUCAAGCCCCAACUUCUACAACUCCGGAGGCUGAGGCAUUUUUGUCACUUUUGAGACAUGAAGUAUUCUUGCUGUGUGCUGGUGUUGGCUGUUUUGGGCACAGAGAUGCUGGGGAUCCUGUGUUCGACCGUUCGGUCCCCAAGAUUCAGAGGAAGGAUACAGCAGGAGCGAAAAAACAUCAGACCCAACAUUAUUCUUGUGCUCACCGAUGACCAGGAUGUGGAGCUGGGGUCCCUGCAAGUCAUGAACAAAACGAGGAAGAUUAUGGAGCACGGGGGGACCACCUUUACCAAUGCCUUUGUGACCACACCCAUGUGCUGCCCGUCCAGGUCAUCCAUGCUCACAGGAAAGUAUGUGCACAACCACAAUGUCUACACCAACAACGAGAACUGCUCUUCACCCUCGUGGCAGGCGAUGCACGAACCUCGGACCUUCGCUGUCUAUCUGAACAACACUGGCUACAGAACAGCCUUUUUUGGAAAAUACCUCAAUGAGUAUAAUGGCAGCUACAUCCCUCCUGGGUGGCGAGAAUGGUUUGGAUUAAUCAAGAAUUCUCGUUUCUAUAAUUACACUGUUUGUCGCAAUGGCAUCAAAGAAAAGCAUGGAUCUGAUUAUGCAAAGGACUACUUCACUGACUUAAUCACUAACGAGAGCAUUAAUUACUUCAAAAUGUCUAAGAGAAUGUAUCCCCAUAGGCCCGUAAUGAUGGUGGUCAGCCACGCUGCGCCCCACGGUCCCGAGGACUCCGCUCCACAGUUUUCAAAACUGUACCCCAAUGCCUCCCAACACAUAACUCCAAGUUAUAACUAUGCACCCAACAUGGAUAAACACUGGAUUAUGCAGUACACAGGACCAAUGCUUCCCAUCCACAUGGAGUUUACAAACGCUUUACAGCGCAAAAGGCUCCAGACUCUGAUGUCAGUGGAUGAUUCUGUGGAACGGCUGUUUAACAUGCUGGUGGAGACCGGAGAGCUGGACAACACUUACAUCAUCUACACUGCCGACCACGGGUACCACAUUGGGCAGUUUGGACUGGUCAAGGGGAAGUCCAUGCCAUAUGACUUUGAUAUCCGAGUGCCCUUCUUUAUUCGUGGCCCAAGCAUUGAACCAGGAUCCAGCGUCUCACAGAUCGUGCUUAACAUCGACCUGGCCCCUACGAUCCUGGACAUCGCGGGGCUCGAUACGCCUCCGGAUGUGGAUGGCAAGUCUGUCCUCAAACUUCUGGACCUGGAAAAGCCAGGUAACAGGUUUCGAACAAACAAGAAGGCCAAAAUUUGGCGUGAUACAUUCCUAGUGGAAAGAGGCAAAUUUCUACGAAAGAAGGAAGAAUCUAGCAAGAAUAUUCAACAGUCAAAUCACUUGCCCAAAUAUGAGAGGGUCAAGGAACUGUGUCAGCAGGCCCGGUACCAGACCGCGUGCGAGCAGCCCGGACAGAAGUGGCAGUGCAUCGAGGACACGUCUGGAAAGCUCCGGAUCCACAAGUGCAAGGGGCCCGGAGACCUGCUCCCCGGCCACCAGGAGCACCGGGCCGGCUACUCCCGCGGCCUCCAGGGCAAAGACCGGGCGUGCAGCUGCCGGGAGCACGGUCACCGGGCCGGCCGCAGCCAGAGGAAGAGCCACCGGCCGUUCCCCCGAAGCCAGGCCUCUCCCAAGUAUAAACCCAGGUUUGUCCAUACCCGGCAGACUCGCUCCUUGUCGGUGGAAUUUGAGGGCGAAAUCUAUGACAUCAACCUGGAGGAGGAAGAGCUGCAAGUGCUGCCGCCCAGGAGCCUGGCCAAGCGCCACGAGGGGGUGGGCCGCGAGGCCGCGGCGCCGGCGGAGGGCAGCAAUGCCGUGGGCCCCCCCACCACCGUGCACGUGACACACAAGUGCUUUAUUCUUCCCAAUGAUACCAUCCAUUGUGAGAGAGAACUGUAUCAAUCCGCCAGAGCCUGGAAAGACCACAAGGCGUUCAUUGAUAAAGAGAUCGAAGCUCUGCAGGAUAAGAUUAAGAACCUCAGGGAGGUGAGGGGACACCUGAAGCGGAGAAAGCCGGAGGAAUGCAGCUGUGCCAAGCAGAGCUAUUACAAUAAAGAGAAAGGUGUCAAAAGGCAAGAGAAAUUAAAGAGCCAUCUUCACCCAUUCAAGGAGGCCGCUCAAGAAGUGGACAGCAAACUGCAGCUUUUCAAGGAGACCCGGAGGAGGAAGAAAGAGAGGAAGGAGAAGAGACGCCAGCGGAAAGGGGAGGAGUGCAGUCUGCCCGGCCUCACCUGCUUCACCCACGACAACAACCACUGGCAGACCGCCCCCUUCUGGAACCUGGGAUCAUUCUGCGCCUGCACGAGUUCCAACAACAACACUUACUGGUGUUUACGUACAGUGAAUGAGACCCAUAAUUUUCUUUUCUGUGAGUUUGCUACUGGAUUUUUGGAAUAUUUUGAUAUGAACACAGAUCCUUAUCAGCUCACCAACACAGUGCACACUGUAGAACGGGGCAUUCUGAAUCAGCUACACGUACAGCUGAUGGAGCUCAGAAGCUGCCAGGGGUAUAAACAGUGCAACCCACGACCUAAAGGCCUUGAAGUUGGAAAUAAAGAUGGAGGAACCUAUGACCUACACAGGGGACAGCUCUGGGAUGGAUGGGAAGGUUAGCCUGCCUGGCUUCCCCGCAGACACCAACUGGCAAGGCUUGGAGGAGUUGUACGGUGUGAAUGAAAGCAUCUACGAGGAGAGACACAGUUUUAGCCUUAGUCUGCUGGACUGGACUAAUUACUUGAAGGAUGUAGAUAGAGUAUUUGCACUGCUGAGGAGUCACUCUGAGCAAAAUGGAACACGCCAGACUCAACCUGCUCAAAGUGACGGGUUCUCAGUUGCCCCUGAGCUCUCAGUGCCCGGGGAGAUGGCUUCGGCAGAGUCAGACGAAGAUCCUGUGGUUGGGGAAGUACCUCAUUCGACCUUGCCAGCCAACCUUCCACCUCUGCAUUCGAACCAACCACCAUUAAGUCCAGAGAGUAAACUUGAAUGGAAUAAUGACAUUCCAGAAGUGAACCAUUGGAAUUCUGAACACUGGAGAAAUGGUCCAAGUGAAAAGUGGAUGGGACAGGAAGCGCUCCACCACCCUGAAAGUGCUUUCAGUGGCAACGGCAUGACAGAGCUAGCGCUUCAGCUCCAGCCCAGGCUUCAGGGAGCACUUCCCCAGGGUGAUGGGCCAGGAAAGGACGUUUUUGAAAAUCAGCUGUAUCUUCCUGUGCGUUCUGAUGGAAACCUUGUUCAUCAGACACUCGACAUGGCCAGCACUCAGCGGCCUGUCCUUUCCAGCAGGGUGGAGAGGAAGUUGGCCCAGGAGAAUAAUUACACACAGGAUAGCGCACAGUAUUUAGAAGGCAGUGCCUCCUCCCCUCUCGCCUCUGUUUCCUGACUCCAAUCACAGUAUUCUUUAUUAGUAAGUGAAUAACAGCAACCAUAUCUACCAACAUUCCAAGCUACCUGUGCAUCUGAAAUCAUGUGAGCAAGCAAUAUGCACACUGGGACUCAUUGUUGCAAUCCAGUAUUUGCCAGGAGUGAAAAGAAAGGUUAGAGGAGAUUUUUUUUCUCUUUUGUGUUGUUUCUUGGUACUAAAACAGUAUUAUCGUUUGACUAUUGUAGGGCCAUGCAUAUGUAAAGGUUGUCCAGUCAAAAUGGCUAGAAUCGUGCCUUCUAAGUCCCUAAAACUUGACUCUCUGGUGAAUCUGUCAACACCCAUUAACUGCCUGCACGACAGAGUUCUGAUUCUUCUUUUUGCCACUAGAACUUUUCAAUGUCAUCAUUUUGGCUUCGCUGAUUUUUGCACUUUGAGAUUGGAAUGCCAUGUCUAUUUUGGGUAGUGUUACUGUUACACUUUUCAGGCUUAUCACAGUCACACUGUUGCGUCUCGGUGUGAGGAAGCCCAAUGAGCCCCAAGAAGGACAUGCAGUGUGAGUCACAUUGUUUAACGUAUACUUUUGCCAGAAUAAUAUUGCAUGCGUUUUACCUCGACUUGCUAAACUCGAUUAGCAGAAAGGCAUGGCUAAUAAUGUUGGCCGUAAAAAUAAAUAAGUAAACAGAACAAAGAUUGCCUGAUCUCUGUGCUAGUUGUUCACCUUAUGCUUAAAAUCACUAAGUUUUGGUUGUUUCCUUAACAGAGAGAAAAAAAAAAAACACAACUAAAUACAUUUCAAUUUCAGCUUUACUUUUCUUGGCUUGAUUAAUUGAGGAAAUAUCAAUAGUUUUAGAUUUAUGUAACACUUCUUUUUCCAGUAAACUCAUGAUUACUCCAUAAUUUAAAUAUACCCCAAGGGAAGCUAAUUUUACAAUACUGAGUUAUAGGAAUAUUUUUAAGACUGCCACUAGUCCUGACAUUCAAGACAUUUAGUUCAAAAUUGCUUUAGAAAAUCUGUAUUCUUAAAGCUAUUCUUAUUUUAAAUGCCAGCAAAAAGUUACCUCAUUGAGAAUUCAGUACCCAUUCAGUUUCCUAAGAAGACUUUUAUGUUUUGAUGAACAGUAUUUUUUUUCAUUCAGCUAAUUCAAGAAUUAAGUUCAUUAUGUUUUCUUUAAGUAUUUAAGGAUAAACCCUUUUAAAGAAAAUUUAAUAUGUCAUAGUUGAAUCUUUGGUAACUUUAAGUCUUUAUCAUAGACUGUGUACAUAUCUUAAAAUUAACUGGCUGUUUAUCAGAUGUGUGUGUCAUCUUCUGAAUGACAGAAUAAACAUAUUUAUGGUCAUGAAUGAUGUGCUUUGUUAAAAAAAAAUUCAAGAUCUUAGGAAGCAUACUGUGGUUACUUUUUUGUUUAAUCUUGUAUAAUACUCUGUGAUACUUUUAUAGAACAAUUCUGGCUUCAGGAAAGUCUAGAAGCAAUAUUUCUUGGAAUAAAAUGUGUUUAAACCUUA